UUCCGCAUGGAGAGAUAUGUUGUUGUGUUGCCUGCUUUCUGCAACUGUUUUAAUUUCAUUAAUACGUUAUAAAGAUAUAAAAUAAAAAUUCCCCGUGACCGCGCACAUUCUGGUAGGGUUAAUCACUCCAUUAGUCUGCUUUGGUUUACACAGCAUCUGUCGGUAUGAGACGUUAUAUGUAUGCAUAACCAGAUAUCGUGACAUUUUACCCAUAAAAUGGGUUAAAUUAUGCUAAAAAAUCUCUGUUUUCCAUCUAAUCUAUUGUCGACCUAUUUUUAGGUAGCCCGCAAUAUCUGUACUUCACUGUUAUUGCCGUGCAGUGGGUGUUAGAAAUGUAAGGAAUGUUGUGUUAAGUAGACCUCUCUAUCUGAGAUCAAUAGUGGUGUUGAUAUAGCUCGAUCGCAUCUAUCUGGAUCUGCUACACAUCUAGUAGAAGAACGCCUUCAUGGUGCUGCGGCGGCUCUUACGCAAGCGUUGGGUCCUGGGAGUCGUGUUCGGAUUGUCCCUCAUCUACUUUCUCACCAGCACUCUCAAACAGGAGGAGCGAACCAUCCAUGAUCGGACCCUCCUGGAGGUGAGGGACUUGGAUCAUCACAUCCAGUGGAAGGUGAAGUUCAACUUGGGCAACAGCAGCAGGCAGAUCUCACUGUGCAGAAACUCAAUUCAGGGAAAGAGCCUUCUCGCUGAUGAACUGGGUUAUGUGUGUGAGAGGAAGGAUUUGUUGGUGAAUGGAUGUUGUAAUGUCAAUGCUCCCAGCUCAAGUCAGUAUAUCUGUAAAAGCUGUCUGGCCAAUGGCUGCUGUAGUGCCUACGAGUACUGCGUCUCCUGCUGCCUUCAGCCUGAUAAGCAACCUCUUCUGGAGCGAUUUUUAAAUCGAGCCGCAGAAGGGUUCCAGAAUCUCUUCACUGCAGUGGAAGAUCAUUUUGAGUUGUGUCUGGCUAAAUGUCGCACUUCUUCACAGAGUGUUCAACAUGAAAACACAUACAGGAACCCGCAGGCAAAGUUUUGCUACGGCGAGAGUCCACCAGAACUGCUGCCUAUGUGAUCGUGCCGUCGACUCGUUUACCCGAGAAUGGGAUCAAGAAAAUAAGGGAGAUUUUUUUUGCGAUCCAAGUGGACCGAAAUGAACAUAAAUCAGGCCGCACAAUCAUGAAGACUUGAAAGAUACAGUAUAAUUUACACUGCAUAAGUACAUAAUACCAGUCUUUACCUCAUCAAUGACAAAUAUCUUGUUGAAGAUUCCGCCCUUUUAUUUUUAUGCUUGUCCUGUUGAAAUAUGGACAUGCAGCCCACCAGGUUUAUUGUGACUGUUUUAUUGUGGGAGGAAUUUUGUGGGUGGUAUUCCAGAGUCUUUGUGUUGAUUCAUGUUCCAAAUGAUUGAAAGCACUCAUGGACAUCACCUCAGAAUAUUUGACAGUGCCCUCCGCCCCCAGGGAUCUUGGAACAUUCAAUGUGAGCUCAGAUCUAUGUGAACAACUGGCAUGUGAACUGCUAUAUGUAAAUUCAAUAAAGUAAAUGUGAUUUUCAGUGGCUUUACAAUUGAGUGUUUUUAAACUUUUAUAGACUUAUAUAACUUAAAGGUAUAGCUCCCCCAAAACUACAAAUUCUGUCUACAAUGAUUUGCCCUCAUGUUGUUUAUGUAGACAUUUUGUGACUGCAAUGAAAGUAAAUGGUGUCUGAGGUUAACAUUCUUAACAUAGUCUUUAAAUCAUAUGGGGUUGGAACAACAUGAAGGGUGAGUACUGUAAAUGAUGACCCAAUUUUAAGUUUUGGGGCAAGUAUCCCUUUUAAAGUGUGGGUAAUUUUUGUGCCAUUAGCUGCAUCCAAUGGAAUUGCAAAAAUUAAAUAGGUUUCCCAACCAUUCCCAAGAAUGGCUUAUAGUUGCUCUGCACAUUAAACUAGAAAAAAGUAUUAAAAAAAUAAAAUAAAAAUGCACUCAUCUGUUUUAGGUAUUUUUUGGCAAGAAAUACAGAGGACAAGUAAUUAUAAGCCCAUCUGAAAAUUAUUUUUAGUUUGUUGUUUUCUUCCUCAAAUGGCUUAAAAUAUUUUACACUUCCUUUUCAUUUGAUGAUGAAAUAAGGUUUUGAAUGCAGUUGAAAUUUUUCACUGUAAAAACUGAGUUACAGGAAUUGUGAAAGAAAUUACAAAGAAAGUGGAAGUACAUGUACAAAGAGUAACAUUUGAAUGGUUAA